AUGGCUGGAAAAAAAAUUGCUGGUGUUCUUGGUGCCACAGGUUCUGUUGGUCAACGUUUUAUUUUAUUAUUAGCUAACCAUCCAACUUUUGAACUAAAAGUUCUUGGUGCUUCGUCAAGAUCUGCCGGCAAGAAAUAUGUGGAUGCCACCACUUGGAAACAAACUGAUUUAAUGCCCGAGUCUGUACAAGAUAUAAUUGUUAGUGAAUGUAAAGCAGAAGCAUUCAAAGACUGUGAUAUCGUCUUUUCUGGUCUUGAUGCUGAUUAUGCAGGCCCAAUUGAAAAAGAAUUUAAAGAAGCCGGUUUAGCUGUUGUCUCCAAUGCUAAAAACUAUAGAAGAGAAGACGAUGUUCCUUUAGUCGUUCCAAUUGUCAAUCCUGAACAUUUAGAUAUCGUGGCCAAUAAGAUUGAAACCGCCAAGAAGGAAGGAAAACCAAGACCAGGGUUUAUUGUCUGUAUUUCCAAUUGUUCCACUGCGGGUCUUGUAGCUCCUUUGAAACCUUUAGUCGAUGCUUUUGGUCCAAUCGAUGCUUUAACUACCACCACUUUACAAGCCAUUUCUGGUGCUGGUUUCUCUCCAGGUGUUCCAGGUAUCGACAUCUUAGAUAACAUCAUCCCAUACAUUGGUGGUGAAGAAGAUAAAAUGGAAUGGGAAACUAAGAAGAUUUUGGGUAAAUUAUCUGAUGAUAAGACUCAUGUUCAAUUAUUGACUUCUGAUGAAAUGAAAGUCUCUGCCCAAUGUAACAGAGUAGCCGUUUCUGAUGGUCACACUGAAUGCAUCUCUUUAAGAUUUAAGAACAGACCAGCUCCAUCUGUGGAACAAGUUAAAAAGGUCUUAAGAAAUUACAUCUGUGACGCUUACAAAUUAGGUUGUCAUUCUGCACCAAGACAGACUAUUCAUGUUCUGGAACAAAAUGACAGACCGCAACCUAGAUUAGACAGAAACAGAGACGCUGGAUACGGUGUAUCUGUUGGUAGAAUCAGAGAAGAUCCGCUACUAGAUUUCAAAAUGGUUGUUUUAUCUCAUAACACUAUCAUUGGUGCUGCUGGUUCAGGUGUUUUGAUCGCUGAAAUAUUAGCUGCCAGAAACUUAAUCUAA